AUGCUCGUGGAGAUGCAGGCCGCGCGGCUUUGCUCGCAGCUGCUGCAAGGUCUGAGGUAUCUUCACCAGGACAAGUGCGUCCUUCACGGAGAUGUGAAGCCGAGGAAUAUCUUCCUGGUGCCAACUGCUGCCGAGGGGUUCGUGGCCCAGCUCGGCGACUUCGGCCUCGCAAGAGAAUGCCCGCGCAAGGCGCCCUUCCUCUGCAAGUUUAUAGGCAUGCAGGGCUCCCAUGGCUUCAUCGCCCCAGAGAUCCUGCAUGAACAGGACUACGGAUGCGCCGUGGACAUCUUUGCACUGGGCAUCAUCGUUUUCACCCUGCUCGCCGGCUACGAGUCCCGGAGUAUCCCCAGCUGA